UAUUUUUUGAUGAAGUGAAGUGAGGUGAUGUGUAUGAUUUGUGCAAUAUGACAUUUGAAACAUCAACUUCCUACAUAUUUAUGAAUAAAAAGUGGUGUUUUUUGGUAAUAAGAUUCAUAAUAUGUUGUUGAAAAUUUCGAUAAAGUUUAAAUCUUUAAACGUAAAUCGCUUUGCCUACUAAUCAAAGUUGUUGAGCGAUGAGUAGGUAAAACACGAUAUCACUGAUAAAUUAAUAAUAGCCUACUUUUCCUCUUAAAUUUGUGAGCAUCAAUUAAUUUAUGAAGCUCCCUUACUAUGACAAUAUUUAGGCGAUGUGUGAAAGUUUGAAUGAAAAAUUGUCAAGAAGUUAAAAAGAAACAUGUUGUAUGAUUGAUUAAACCAGCUCACUCGGUAAUUUGUAUAAAAUUAUCAAUAAUUUCCUAUGUGCUUCUGCUCCAUUUGUGCAAUUUAAAUGUGUGUAAUUUUUCUUGUAUCAUUCCAAAAUGUAUGUCAUGUUUUAUCAGAGGAUCCACACUUUUACUUUGAAUAGGCUUCGGCCAAGCAGCUACUGAUAUGUACUGUAUUAUAAAUUUGUUUGUACAUGAACUUUAAAACUUUACAAUCUGGAACAGUCAAAUCACCAGAGCGAAAUAGCAGAUGAACUUCAGAAACUUUAUCAGUCAUUAUCAUAUCCCACUUUUUCAAUUUUCUGGGCUCAAGCCGUUGUGGUUUAAAAAAUAAAUGAUUACAUGAUGUAUAACAUUGGUACCUAAAAUAAUUUAUCAAAAUAUUCCGCUAAUUAUUAAAUAUGAAGCUUUGUUAGUAUUUCGCGUACCAUUCAUUAAUAAAUGCUAUGCUCUCAAAAUUCAAUUCGAUUUCAGUGUUUCUGACCCAAAUCACGAAAAAUUGACAAUUUUUUGCUUGUGAAAAGUUUUGAAUUUUAUUUUUAGUAUAGUUAUAUUUUGUUUUGCAUAUUCGGGAAGUAGUUUUCAGAAGUAUAUUAAACACUAUUCAAAAAACUAAUUCAUUAUCUGAAGAUCUUGAAGUAAACGCCAUAAUUUCUAAUAAAAAGUCAGUCUUAUAGCUAUUGGAAAAUGUCAACCCAGCAGUAAUAUCAUGAGCAUGUGCAGCUAUGCUAUUUGCAGUUAAUCAUUACCAGGUUUCUCUAAUGCAUAUUAUACUGUAUUGAUUUUUAAUAUCAUCAUGAUGGCUUGUGUUUGCCUAUUGGUAAAAGUAUGUUCUACUGAUAUCUAUUAUUAAUAUCCAUUAUAUAUAUAAGUCGAAUAAUACCAUCAAAUAUAAUAGGUUUGAUAAGCUUCCCCAUAAUUUCAUGAUAAUUUGUUCAUAUCCUUCAUAAAGCGGUUAUCAUGUGGGUUUGUGAAAUAAGGAAUAUUACCAAAAAUAGAGUGACUAGAUCACGGUUCCUGAAGAAUCUCAGUAACUUUAAAUCGCUUUAGUUCAGCAUCAAAUUUUGCAUACGGUAAUUACUUUUAAAUAGGAUUUCAAGAUUUUGUAAGACAAAAUCAAUUAGAACAUGCAAUAAUGAAUAUUGAUGCAUAAUGUUUCGAGUUUUUUUUUACAUAUCACAAUACCAGUUUCUGAAUUGGAUAGGAUUAUGCCACAAUGCAAGAUUUACUCCCCUGUCUGUGCAAAGCUGAAAUAUAUCUACGUGGUUUAACUCUUUAAAAUAUGUGUACAUUUUUAAUAUUCACUCUGAAAUUUAUUCAGAUUUCAAAUUUUUACAUAUUUUUUUUUGUCCAGGAUAUUACAUGUUAACUAUUUUUAUUAUGGUGAUAAAACAGUAAUUAUGAGGUUUCAAUUUUCUGAAACCAUCACAUAUUCCAGAGUCUUAGUUAUUUGUAGAAAAAUUAUUGAACUUCUUAUGUCAGAUGGUUGCAACUCUAAAGCAUCUAGUUCCUUUCUUGAUUGAUAGCAUUUUAUGAAUAUAAAUGCACAAUUUAUUUUAUAAUAUUUGUAUAUUAUAAUUGUGAUGCGACCUGCGAGUACAGAUUUCCCUUUUUUGUCGUGAUUUUCAAAUUUUCAACACUAUAUUCGGAACAUGUUGCUCUGUUUCAAAUUUGGUUCUCAAGAUGUGACCAUUACUAGCUGUUUCCAUAACAUUCAGUAUUGAGAGUUGAUCCGGUUUUGCAUGUUUAAACUACCAAAGAAACUCAUAUGUGUCAUUUUCUAUUGGCAUUCUCUACCAUAGCCAAAUAUUUUGAAUCUUACACUAUUACUCUUAUGUUAUUGUGAUAUUCGCUUGGUUGAAUGUGAAUUUGUGUUCUAAAAUAAAAUAUGACUUCGUAAAAAUAUAGACUAUUAUUUACAUUCAUUUUUGUCCGUUUUCAUCCAUGAAUAAUAAUCAAUUCUAUCUAUUUGUGUUUAUUUUUACUGUGAAUGAUUAAAUAUCUAACAAAAAUAAGAAUUUAGCAAUAAUGGUAUUAAAAUUUGUUCGGGUAAUUUUGUCAAAUUGUGAAAUGCUGGUAGUGAUACAGCCCUGAGUGAAGAAUCAACGUCCAUAUUUUUCACAUGAGCACUGUUGUUUUCUUUUCCGUGUGGGGAGAAACUCGACCAAUUCCGAAAAUGGGGAAUGGAAUGAAUAAGGUCCUUCCUGGUCUAUUUAUUGGAAAUUUCAGUGAUUCCAAAGAUCGAGAGCAGUUACAGAGGAACCAAAUCACUCAUAUCUUGUCAAUUCACGAUAAUGCAAAACCACUUUUGAAGGAUAUGAAAUAUCUUUGUAUUAAAGUAUCUGAUACUCCGGAUCAAAAUUUAUCUCAAUAUUUUCAUAAAUGUAUUAAAUUUAUCCAUGAAGCCAGAUCUCGUGGAGGAUCAGUUUUAGUUCACUGUCUUGCUGGAGUUUCACGAAGUGUCACUGUGUCGGUAGCUUACAUUGCAACAGUUACAGAACAUUCUUGGAGAACAUCACUUGAUGCUGUCAGGCAGUCAAGAACAGUUGCUAAUCCGAAUUAUGGGUUUCAGAAACAACUUCAACAGUUUGAAGAAAGACAACUAGAAAAAGAAAGAAAAUGGAUUCGUCAAAACGCUCAAGUUGAUCCAACUGAUCAUCAAUUUAUAGCAAACUUACAUAGAGAGUACAUGCAAUCUCGUGCUCCAGUUUCCAGUCAAGAAAGGAGUGUUGGUGGAAGUUCACAAAGCAGGCCGAGUGGAUCAUAUGCAGCUGCAGCUGCUCCUUUAAACAAACAAGGUGAUAUGUACCCAUAUACAAGAUCUGAUGCAGCCGGCUCUUCUGAUCGCAAUCAAAACAGGGAUGGUGUAGUUUUUAAAAAUAAAUUUUAAUACUUCUAAGUGUUCCACGUUUGAAUAUUUACACUGUUUUCCUUUUUUUUGCUUUUAGAUUGUGUGCUAUAAUAGUUUUUUUUUUCUGAUAAGUUGGUCAGCUGUUUUGAAUAAUUUGACCCAAAAUUUGACCUUAUUUUUUAGUUAAAGUUUUAUUUUAGGGCAUUGAGGAUAACUGGCAAAUCAUGUUAAAUAUUUUCUGUUGUGUUUUGUCAUAUUGAACCAAAUAUCGGUUUCCGUACUAGUUGGUAUUUCAUCUAGUAUUUUUCCAUUCAUUCAAUUCUUUCCAAUUUAAAAUAGUCUGAUUUUGCUGUGAUCCAAAAUUGGUAUAUAUAUGAUGUACGGUAUGUCAAAUAUUUUUGCUCUCUCGAAAACAAAUUUAAGUCUUCCAAGUUGGAAGAUAAGGAAAUGGUUUGAUUUGGGUGAGAGCUAACUUAAUCGGAAAAUGUAUUCCUGAGCAUUGUUUGAACUGUUGAUGGACUUUUUUUCUAUUACAUUUACAUUCAGCAUGUUAAUGUGUUCAAAAUUCAUCAUCGAAAUAAAUAUCCUUCAGCAUAUUCAAGACGGAACCAUGGACAAUGUAUGGCAAAAACAUAAUGUAUUCCCAUUUUCAAAUACUAGUAGUUUAUUCAUCAGUAUGAAGUCAAUAUGAUUUAAAAAUUAAUAAUAUAUAUCACUAAUAUGAUUACCUAGUUUAGAUUGAAGUUUUCCAUUACCCAAAACGCUUUAUUUAUCAAAUUGAGGUGCUUUCUUUUAUAGAUGUCCAACAUAUUUAUUCAUACCUCUGUUUUGGAGUAUUGCUAUGUAUUUUAUAAAAGUUUGAAGCAUAUGACUGAAUUUUAUUUUUAGUAGGAUUCUUGGCUUAUGUUAUGUGUCAAAUUAAUUACUUCAGUUUGCCAGCUGUAGUGACUUUGUCAUUCUGAUUAUCAUGGGCUUAGUGUAUUAUGUUAGGCACUUAUUGGUGUUUUUGUCAAUUUUCUUGUAUUGGCUCUGAACUAGAACAGUAAGUUAAUAUAAAUAGAUAUGCAAUGUGUCCAGACUCCGACUCGCAACUUGGAAUUUAGUUUCCAUGCAGAAGUUGGUUAUGAAAUUGUACUGGUUUCUUCUGUUAUACCACCAUUUUUGUAACGAUUUUAGUAGACCAAUGUUGUGUACUGUUCUUUUUCAAACUCGUUUGUUCAGCAUCAAAGUUGUAUUUUUUCUCUUAGUAAAUUUUGCCUGCUUUUGCCUGA